AUGUCCACACUUUUAGUAGCUACCCCACGAAGCAUUUCAUGCAUUCGAUUUUUUGCACGUUCUUAUGCAACGUUAGUUGUUAACACAAAAGUUAACGCUCCAAAUCUUAAUUCAACGCCAAAACUCGAUGAGCAAAGCGAAAUAGAUAAAGAAAAAAGUACUAGUACCAUUUCCUCUAUAACUUCUGGAAUCAAUUCAGCUUUACAAUGGACGGAACAUCAUCCGAUACCAGAUCCAAAGUUUGAGGUCGUUUCCGCUGGGACUUUGAGCGCUUUGCUCUUGGUUAAAAUUCCGCCAAGGUCAGAGAUACUUGCAGCACCUGGAACAGCCAUUGCUGUAUCAAGUAAAGUUAUAGCGGAACGAACUAUGGAUGGAAAUAUUAUUAUUGCUUUAGGUAGGAAGUUUGCUGGUGGAUCCUUGAUCUAUAAUAAGUUCAUGACAGGUUCGAAUCCUGGUGAUGUUCUUCUAGCACCUCGUGAUUUAUCAGACAUAUCUAUCAUAAAUAUGGAUGGCAAGUCUGUUUACUAUGUUAGAAAAGGUGCCUUCCUUGCGCGCGGUCCUAGAGUCACAGUAAACAUUGGUCGGAUUUAUGGAAUGGGUUCAUUGAAUGCUUUUGCAAACCGUGUCACCGGUAGAGGUACAUUAGUUAUCUCAAAUUAUGGAUCUAUACAUCGAUUGAUUUUGAAUCCAGGAGACGCAUAUUUUGUGAACUCAAAACAUCUUUUAGCUUGGAAUUCUCAGACCAAACCAAUAAUAUCACCACCUUUGAUCACUUCAUCUUCGGUUGAUAAAAAUAGACUGAUUAGAAAUGUCACUGCCAAACUAUCAGAGAAAACUAACGAAUUAUUUGACACAAUUUUUAGUAGUCCUUCAGUAAAACCAACGCUUGAAAGAUUAAAGAGAGCUUCGGUUCGAACAAGGAGAUGGGCGUUUGGUGGACCUGAGUACCUAAAGUUAACAGGUCCAGGCGAUUUUUAUUUAUCGUCGAGAAUUUCACCAGUUCUAGGAGGAUUCAAAUCGUUGACAUCACCUUCUAUCGAAGAAAUUGUUGCAGUGGAUCCUAUACACUUGGAGACACAAAAUGAUCACAAUAUUAGACAAUCGCCACCUUAUAUACCUUUAAUGUCAUAUGCUGUAGUAGCGAGUGAUGGGACAGUAUCUUUUAUAAAAUAUAAGGAUUCAUCAAAAACUUCAUUUAGUAGUUCUUUAUCUCCCCCAUCUCCCGAACAAGAUAACAGAUCAACUAUUGGAAGAAUAGUUUCAGGAGAUGGUAUGUUACAAUUAAGACGUUGGGUAGGUUUUUCUCUGAAAAUAUUGAUUAGAUAA